AUGUCGCUGAAGGCAAUCUCGGCCACAGAUGCCGCGUCCCUUGACAAGGACCUCAUGGACGUGAACAUCGGCGGAUGGUCGCUAGACCAGCUCAUGGAGCUGGCGGGCUUGUCGGUUUCUCAAGCUGUCUGGAGGAUGCAUCCACUCAGUCAAGGAAAGAAUGUCCUCGUCGUAUGCGGCCCCGGAAACAACGGUGGCGACGGUCUCGUCGCAGCACGACACCUCGCACACUACGGCUACAACCCCACCGUCUACUACCCCAAAGAAGGCAAAAACGAGCUUUACCAACGCCUCAAAACCCAACUCCAAAACCUCUCCAUCCCAUUCACAACGGACUUCGAAAUGACCCUCUCCAAUUCCCACCUCCUAAUCGACGCCAUCUUCGGCUUCUCAUUCGGCGGGCCUCUCCGCGAACCCUUCCCAUCCAUCAUUUCCCAAAUUGAAACAGCAUCUAUCCCGGUUCUAAGCGUAGAUGCCCCUAGUUCAUGGGAUAUUACCUCCGGCCCGCCGUCAUCUGGACCUGGUGCUAAGUUUAUGCCUCAGGGGUUGAUCAGUUUGACGGCGCCGAAGCCUUGCGUGAAGUUUUAUGAGGGCCGGCAUUUUGUUGGUGGUAGGUUCUUGACGCAGAGUAUUGCGGAGAAGUAUGGCCUGGUGUGUCCGGCCUAUGAGGGUAUCGAUCAGGUGGUGGAAGUUUUUGAGGAUGGGGAUGGGGAUUUCCGGUAUGCUCCAAAGGGAGAGUCCAAGUACUAA